GAUUGUCAGGCAAUGUCAUGUGGCGCCAAUCAAAUUUCCUUUUUUUGAAAUAAGCUUUCUUUUGAGGCGAGAUCUUUUAUAGAAAUGUCCUGUUCAUCCGAAACUAUUACAAGUGAGACUUCAAUGACCAAAUGUUUGAGCGAAAACAAAGACAACGCGAGUGACUGUAAAGAAAGCAAAGUUAGGGGUGAAGCAGUUGCAGCAAAGGAAGGGGAGCUGAAAGGUUUCCUUGAGAAGUUGAAAGACAUAUUGCGUGAAUUUCAAAAUCAAUGUCAAAGAGAUAAAGAAUUGCUUCAAGUUUUAGAAGAUCAAGAAGGUAUUUCAGGCGAUAUUGCAUUCGUUGAACACAAAGCAGCAGUGAUCUUACAAGGAGCACGUGGCUCAAAAGACCAAAUUUUGAGACAGGGCCUUGAAUUACUAGGAGCAGGUGAAUGGCAGAAGUAUUUCGAAGAAAAUAAGCUUGGAAGUGCUCAAAGUUAUGGCUGUGAGGAACUGAAAAGUCUUGAAACUGUUACAGAGUUGGAUGAUGAACUGUCAGCACUGAUCACGAGCCACUUGCCAUUAUGGGAAUCGGACGUUUCGUUUUUACCUUGUACAUUCUCUAAAAUGUUGCUAUUGUUUCGAAAAAAAAGAAAACUUUUUGAAAGACGUAUCGUCAUCUGCAUAUCAAUCAUUAGACGUUUGUGUAAACAUUCUCAAAGAAACAAUCAAGCUAAAUUGGAUGAACUGAAGAUCAAAUUGAAGCAACUUGAGUUGGAUUGGAAUAGACAUGAGAAAAAUGAAAUGGAAACCAUAAAACAGCAAAGAGAAAAGAAAAUAAAACAAAAGGAAAAAGAAGAACAACGGAUGGCAAAGGAAUGGGAGAAAAGGGAGAAGAAUGUGGAAGGGAAAAAGCAAAAAAUGAAAAGAUGUUAUUGUAAGCAACAAAGAGAUGAUGAGAAAAGGACAAUAAUGGAACAAAGGGAAAGGAGAAAGAUGGAGACAGAUGCAGAGCAGCAGGCUAUUCAUCGUCAAGCAGCUGUUCUGGAAAAUUUCAUGAAGACCGUUCCCAAGUUACCACCAUGGCAAGGAAUCAACAGGCGCCAUAUAUCUAUUAGUGAUGAACUCCAACGAAUUAUAAGAGAAAACUCGAAACAACAAGAUGAGAAUAUCAUGCAAGACUUGAUUUUUUCAAUAAAGCGCACUCGCAAGCACUUCUGGAAGGAACUAGGAAUCAAGCAAGUUUCAUUUGGACAAUGCCAAGGCAGUCGAGUAAAACUACUGCAGUUUGAAGAAAGUUGUAGGCCUCCAUUUUAUGGAGUCGUUCAGAAACCAUCGGAAUUCCCAAAUGGUAGAAGGCCAUACAUUCGGCUACCUUGGCUGGAUUAUAACUAUGAUAGUGAAAUGGAGUGGGUAGAAUCAGAACCUGGAGAAAGCAUAUCUGAAAGUGCCUCAGAAGACGACGAUAGCAUCAUGGAUACGGAUACUAACUCAAGUUCAGACAAUGACUCAUUUUUUAUUGAUGACGAGCAUAUCUCGCAAAAUCUUAAUGAAGGUGGAUUCGAAGAAUGCUUUUCCGUACAGGAAGAAGAAUUGGUUGGAAUCAUUUCCUGUCAUGAUUCAAAUAAGGCUCAACGAGUUACAUUAUCCAAAUUUCCAAGGAGGCAGAUUUUGAAUGUCAAGAUAACCAAUAAUAUAGGAACAUUGUCGGAAACUUCAGAUGACCUCUUAAAUGAUUCUGAAAACAGUUUAGAUGACAGACAAGGUCUGGAUCUCGAAAUGAAAGAAAAUUUGAAACCUCUUGAAGAGUUUUGGCAAAUUCGAGAGAACAGAGAAGAAAAUUCAUCCAAAAAACAUUGUUUAUCGACAGGUAUGUAAACACUCUUAAAACCGGAUUUCUAACUAUUUUACAAAUCUGCAAAGCUAUUGUAAAUAUCAAAUGCAACUCAUCGUCAUCAUCAUCUUCUUCUUCUUCUCUCGGUUGUAUACAAACUGAUGUUCUAAAAGAGUUUCACGGAUAUUUGAUCGCAUUGAUACAAAAUAGAAGUCCGAUUGGUGACUUGAUAUAUGUCCAAAAACGAUUCCUAUUCUUAUUUUCUCCAAUAACUUCUUUUCCGGUGCUUAUAAGUAUGCAUCCAGAAACUCCAACUAUGAUGGUGAAAACAUGCCUAAUAUGCCAUGAAAAGGAAGAAUGGGCAGCGCUCAUGGCGUCCUGUCUUCUUUGCAUAAUACAAACAUUUCAAAGCUAUUUGGAAUCGAUCCCUAAGAGAAAACUUGAUGAAUUGAAGUCUACCGAGAAGCUUGUUGAAGAACUUUUACGCUCGAAAAGAUUCAAUAUAGCUGUGACAAAAGUUUUUCAAACCCUUGAAGAUAAAAUACGAAAUGUUCUUCCCAGGUAACACACACACACACACACAUAUAUAUAUAUAUAUAUAUAUAUACCUCAAACUGGGGCAGGAUUUCGUCAUCAACGGAGAAAAUAAACACAUGUCAAUAGAA